AUGCCCAUGCGAUGCGCGAGCAAGGCUGCUGAGAGCGCGUCCGCACGUCUCUGUGCGGACGCCGAAGCAGAAACCACAGCAACAGAUGUCUCAUCGGUUGCUGAAGCGACUCAGCCUGUGUCACUUGGUGAUGCAGGCGCUGGUCAUGAAGACACUCAUGUCUCUUCACAGAGUAUGAGCACGGAGUCUCAUACUCUCCUGAUACGGAAGACGGAUCCGUAUCAACGGCGAUCGAAUCCAAGCCGCUUGCCAAGCGUGGCAUGGAUGAUGCUGCGCGUCGUAGCAUCUUUGGUUCAUCUGAUGAAUCAGAUGAACCAUCGCCGAAGCGAAGGCGCUCGAGGUCGCGAGAUCGGGCGCCACAGUGGUGUCGGUUCUCCUAUGUACACCACUUCGCAACGAGGUGCCAGUCCUUCUGUCGGCACUCGCAGGAAGAGCGGGACCGCAAUGUGUUGCGUCUCGCUCCAGAAAAGAAAAGGCAUGGAUGCCUCCAAAGUCAGUCAUGGAUCGCUUGUCGGCGACGACAAGUGA